AGUGUGUGCAUUGAAACAGCAGCCUUAAGGUCUUUAAACGGGUAAAUACAUUUUUCUUGCUUCAGAGAUUCAAUUUUACUUGCCCGAGAAGCUUGUGUGGUGUGAUUUUCAUCGCUAAAAGCAACAGCAGCCACAUGGCUGACAACACCACCACUUAACAAUUCAAAGCUCGGUCACCGUUUUCAGGAGUCUCUUCCAAAUCUUUCUGAAGUGCUUUUGAAGUUCUACAUUCCCCGUCUAAGGGAACACCCAGCAGUCCCAGGAUAAAAGGGCAGAAGGGUGAGCUGACGUUUUCCUUUAUUUGCAUGGCUUAAAGCUAGCCAUUUUCUACACCACGCGCCGCCGGGCUUGUACAUGCCCGUGUGCCUGUGACACCGAGGCAAUUGUUUCUCCUUAAAAAGGGGGUUCGCGUGGGUUAGUUUCGUUUCUGAUCUGGAAUCUCAGUAACUACAAGAAAAGUUUAAAACUCGACCCGCCAGGUUCUUCCCCAUCGUAUUAUCUCCGUUCCUUACAGAUAGCAGGAAGGGCAGCAUUUUCUUCCAUCCACCCACUUCCAGCCCUAGUCUGGCUCAGCGAGGAAUGUAUAAAAUUAGUGGACUCCUCUGAGUGACGUUCCCCGGCUCCAAUCAGCGGGCGCGCAGGCGCCCCCGGCCCCGCCCCACUGCUGACUCUCUUUGGCUGAUUCCUGCAGGGAGGGAGGAGAGAAGGGCGGCAGUGGGAGGGGGAGGUACCUGGAACUGGGAGUGAUGUCAGCUCCCAGCUCGGUGCCUGCCCGGAUUCCUGACAUGGUGUAGUGCAGGCAGGGUGGGGAAAGGACGGGGAAGGACUCGUGUGCUGCGAGCUGGCGGCCGGGCCGGAGUGCUGGGGCUUUGAACUCCGAGAGGAGGUGGACCAGAACUUUUGGAACUAGUGCCGGCGGCUCUCCACCCCCCAGUAUAAAAGAACGUGUGGAUCACUUUGCUAAGUACAUCCAAGAUUUGAAGAACUGAAAUAAAUCAGCUUUAAACCUGCUUUUUAAAAAUAUCUGGGUUGGAAUUUGCCCCUGACAAAUAAUAAAAUGAUGAGUGAUGCAAGUGACAUGUUGGCUGCAGCGUUGGAGCAGAUGGAUGGUAUCAUAGCAGGUUCUAAGGCUCUGGAAUAUUCCAAUGGGAUUUUUGAUUGCCAAUCUCCCACCUCUCCAUUCAUGGGAAGUUUGCGAGCUCUGCACCUUGUGGAAGACCUGCGUGGAUUGUUAGAGAUGAUGGAAACAGAUGAGAAAGAAGGCUUGAGAUGCCAGAUCCCAGAUUCAACAGCAGAAACGCUUGUUGAAUGGCUUCAGAGUCAAAUGACAAAUGGACACCUACCUGGGAACGGAGAUGUGUAUCAAGAAAGGCUGGCACGUUUAGAAAAUGAUAAAGAAUCCCUCGUUCUUCAGGUAAGUGUGUUAACAGACCAGGUGGAGGCUCAGGGAGAGAAGAUUCGAGAUUUGGAGUUUUGUCUUGAAGAGCACAGAGAGAAGUUGAAUGCCACAGAAGAAAUGCUGCAGCAGGAGCUUCUAAGUAGGACAUCCUUAGAAACUCAGAAGUUGGAUCUGAUGGCUGAAAUAUCUAACUUGAAGUUGAAACUGACAGCUGUAGAGAAGGACAGAUUGGAUUAUGAAGAUAAGUUCAGAGACACAGAGGGGCUGAUUCAGGAGAUCAAUGAUUUGAGGUUAAAAGUUAGUGAAAUGGACAAUGAGAGACUUCAGUAUGAAAAAAAGCUUAAAUCAACCAAAGAUGAACUGGCAUCUUUAAAAGAACAGCUAGAAGAAAAGGAAUCUGAAGUAAAAAGGCUACAAGAAAAAUUGGUUUGCAAGAUGAAAGGAGAAGGGAUUGAAAUUGUUGAUAGAGAUGAAAAUUUUAAAAAGAAGCUCAAAGAAAAAAACAUCGAAGUACAAAAAAUGAAAAAAGCUGUGGAGUCCUUGAUGGCAGCAAAUGAAGAAAAGGAUCGGAAAAUAGAAGAUCUUCGACAGUGCCUGAACAGGUACAAGAAAAUGCAAGAUACGGUGGUACUGGCCCAAGGUAAAAAAGGCAAAGAUGGAGAAUAUGAAGAGCUGCUCAAUUCCAGUUCCAUCUCCUCUUUGCUGGAUGCACAGGGUUUCAGUGAUCUGGAGAAAAGUCCAUCACCCACUCCAGUAAUGGGAUCUCCCAGUUGUGACCCAUUUAACACAAGUGUUCCCGAAGAGUUCCAUACCACCAUCUUGCAAGUUUCCAUCCCUUCAUUAUUGCCAGCAACUAUAAGCAUGGAAACUUCUGAAAAAUCAAAGUUGACUCCUAAGCCAGAGACUUCAUUUGAAGAAAAUGAUGGAAACAUAAUCCUUGGUGCCACUGUUGAUACCCAACUGUGUGAUAAACUUUUAACUUCAAGUCUGCAAAAGUCCAGCAGCCUGGGCAAUCUGAAGAAAGAGACAUCUGAUGGGGAAAAGGAAACUAUUCAGAAGACUUCAGAGGACAGAGCUCCGGCAGAAAGCAGGCCAUUUGGGACCCUUCCUCCCAGACCCCCAGGGCAGGACACCUCCAUGGAUGACAACCCCUUCGGCACUCGAAAAGUCAGAUCUUCCUUUGGCCGGGGCUUUUUUAAAAUCAAAAGUAACAAGAGAACAGCAAGUGCACCAAACUUGGAUCGUAAACGAAGUGCCAGUGCACCCACCCUAGCUGAAACAGAAAAAGAGACAGCAGAGCACCUAGAUCUGGCUGGUGCUUCUCGGCCAAAAGAUUCACAGAGGAACAGUCCCUUCCAGAUACCGCCUCCAUCUCCAGAUUCCAAAAAGAAAUCCAGAGGUAUCAUGAAACUCUUUGGAAAACUUAGGAGAAGUCAAUCAACUACAUUCAACCCAGAUGACAUGUCUGAGCCUGAAUUCAAAAGAGGAGGGACAAGGGCAACCGCGGGGCCCCGAUUAGGUUGGUCUCGAGACUUGGGACAGUCUAACAGUGACUUGGAUAUGCCAUUUGCCAAGUGGACCAAGGAGCAGGUUUGCAAUUGGCUGAUGGAACAGGGCUUGGGCUCGUACCUGAAUUCUGGCAAGCACUGGAUUGCAUCUGGCCAAACGCUUUUGCAGGCGUCUCAACAAGAUCUAGAGAAGGAACUUGGAAUCAAGCAUUCACUUCAUCGAAAGAAACUCCAGCUAGCACUCCAAGCCCUGGGAUCUGAAGAAGAAACCAAUCAUGGGAAGCUGGAUUUCAACUGGGUCACUAGAUGGUUGGAUGACAUUGGCCUCCCUCAAUAUAAGACCCAGUUUGAUGAAGGACGGGUUGAUGGUCGAAUGCUACAUUACAUGACUGUUGAUGACUUACUGUCUCUGAAGGUUGUAAGUGUGCUACACCAUCUCAGUAUCAAAAGGGCCAUCCAGGUACUGAGGAUCAAUAACUUUGAACCAAACUGUCUACGGAGGCGGCCAUCUGAUGAGAAUACCAUUGCCCCAUCAGAAGUUCAGAAGUGGACUAACCAUCGAGUGAUGGAGUGGCUGCGCUCCGUGGACUUGGCAGAAUAUGCGCCCAAUCUCAGAGGCAGUGGUGUCCAUGGUGGGCUCAUGGUUCUAGAGCCUCGUUUUAAUGUAGAAACAAUGGCUCAGUUAUUGAACAUCCCACCCAAUAAGACUUUGCUGCGAAGACAUUUGGCCACUCAUUUCAACCUUCUGAUUGGGGCUGAGGCACAGCACCAGAAGCGAGAUGCCAUGGAGCUGCCAGAUUAUGUACUUCUAACAGCUACUGCCAAAGUGAAGCCAAAGAAACUUGCCUUUAGCAAUUUUGGGAAUUUGAGAAAGAAGAAACAGGAAGAUGGUGAAGAAUAUGUUUGUCCAAUGGAAUUGGGACAGGCAUCAGGAAGUGCAUCUAAGAAAGGAUUUAAACCUGGUUUGGAUAUGCGCCUGUAUGAGGAAGAUGAUUUGGACCGGUUAGAGCAGAUGGAAGAUUCAGAAGGGACAGUGAGACAGAUAGGUGCAUUCUCUGAAGGCAUCAACAAUCUGACGCACAUGUUAAAAGAAGAUGACAUGUUUAAAGAUUUUGCUGCCCGUUCCCCCAGUGCCAGCAUUACAGAUGAAGACUCAAACGUUUGACCGUAGCACCUGGAUGAACAUUAGGAGUGCUUAGUCUUUUUUCUACUUGCUUUUCCAAACACUCACAGUAUAUACAACAGGCAGCGGAUUGUCUAUUGUUUGUUGUUCCAACUUCUGCUGUCGAGAAGUUUAAACAGAAAGCAGGAGUAAUGUGCCGAUUCUGAAGUUGCCACAAAAAAUAAGACACUGGUGAAUGAGAGUAUAAUUGUUUUUCUUCUAUUUAAUGUAAAAAUCUGUGAUAUAUUAUAUUUAAAGUGUUGCAUUUAAGAUGAGUAUUUUACCAGAGUGUUUCCAUUCAUAUCCGCGGUAUGGAGGAUUUGAGGAACAGUAACCAGGAUGUGAAUGAUUUUGUUACAUCGGUGUUCACUGUAGCUACCUAAGUAGGACAUUAUAUGAUUUCAGAAUCAAUAUGUGGAACUCCUUUAAGCAUUCAGUGUGCCCACUAAAUGCCAGCCACACCUCCACUUGCCUCUUAUUGUCUUAUUUUUAUAUAUUUUUCUAAAUAUAUGUAUAUAUACAGUACAUAGAAAAUAGAACUUUUAUUUUGUGACCUAAGGACGAUGGUGAAAAGAUCACGUUUUCAAAACAAUCUGGUGAUCAGAAUGUUCAUAUACCAGCUGGUUUCUGAAGAGGUCAGAAUGAUCUUUCUCCAUACUGACUUUUAACAAUGUUGAUCAUUGAGGCUAAAUUAAUAUAUAUGAAAUAUUCCUUUUUGAUGACACCACAAAAUUGUUGAACAGUUUAAGAAUUUCAACCUUAAUAUUGGAUCCCUUUACCUCAUAUGGAAGAACUUGAGGGACAUUAGUAUACUUUUUUUUAAGAUGGAGUCUCGCUCUGUCGCCCAGGUUGGAGUGCCAUGGCAUGAUCUUGGCUCACUGCAACCUCCACCUCCUGGGUUCAAGCCAUUCUUCUGCUUCAGACCCAAGUAGGUGGGACUCCAGGCAUGCACCACCAUGCCUGGCUAAUUUUUGCAUUUUUAGUAGAGAUGGGGUUUCACCAUAUUGGCCAGGCUGGGACUCGAACUCCUGACCUUGUGAUCUGCCUGCCUCAGCCUCCCAAAGUACUGGGAUUACAGGCAUGAGCCACCAUGCCCAGCCUGUUAUUUUUUUUUAUUAUUAUUAUUUUUUAGUGACAGAGUCUCAUUCUGUUGCCCAUGCUGGAGUGCAGUGGCGUGAUCAUAGCUCACUGCAGCCUUGAAUUCCUAGGCUCCAGUGAUCCUCUCACCUCAGCUUCCCUAAUAGCUAGGAUUACAGGUGUGUGGCCUCCCACCCCACCCCACCCUUCACACCUGGCUGAUUUUUCAAAAAGUUUUUUUGUAGAAACAGGGUCUCACCAUGUUGUCCAGCCUGGUCUCAAACUCCUGUCCUCAAGUGAUCCUCCCGCCUCAGCCUUUCAAAGUGCUGGGAUUACAGGUGUGAGCCACUCUGCCUGGCCUACCACUAACUUGAAUACAUUCAGAAUCACCUCCUCUCCCCAAAAUUUGUAGAAAUAGUUUUUGAGGAAGCCAAAAGCAAAGCAGAAACCUUUACAGUAUUGUUUCUUUUCUCUUCGUUAACUAUGUCAUUACAGCAAAAUACUAGCAGUCUGCCUAAACAUGUUCAUUGUACAUUUCUCAGGCUAUCAAUGAAUGGAGGUUUUUAAAAAGUUGAAUAUUUGUCUGAACAUUUUAUUUCAAAGUUCAAAAAAACAGAGGCUGCAAAAUUCGCUUUAUAAUGGCUAUUUUGUGACGAUAAGAUGUAGUUCAUGUUUUUCUGUAGCACUGGGCCCAAAUAUUCUUUGUAAAGAAAAUCACUGCAGCAAAAACUGUUACUGUGUUUAUUAUAUUUGUAGAAGUGUUAGAAAAAUAUUCUAUUUUUUAUUCAGUGCUACGUAAUUACCCAUGGUAGCCAACCCUACAAAAGACAAGUUUUCACAAAUUGAGGUGGAGGUGGGCGGUUCAGUAUCUGCCACUGGACUUGAUUAUAAACCAUAUUUGAAUAUCAGUGGUAUUAUCUUUUAAGUUGUCAGCAAGUUACCAAGGUAUUCAUUAAAGAACUUGUAAUAUCAAAUUACUAUUUAUUCAUAACAAUUGAUUUGAUGCUAAUAAUAAUUUUCUUUAAACUCUACCAUUCAUUAUGUGGUAACUGUAUUGAACUUACUUUAUUUGGAUUUUAUUUUAAUGUGACUAGAUGUCACCACUUCAGAAAAUCAAUUUGUUCUUAGAACCUGGUUGAAAAUACCAGGAAACUGUUACAGAUGCCAAAUUUUUUUUUUUUUUUUUUUUGAGACGGAGUCUUGCUUUGUUGCCCAGGCUGGAGUGCAGUGGCACAAUCUCAGCUCACUGCAAGCUCCACCUCCUGGGUUCACACCAUUCUCCCACCUCAGCUUCCCAAGGAGCUGGGACUACAGGUACCUGCCACCACGCCUGGCUAAUUUUGUUUUUGUAUUUUUAGUAGAAACGGGGUUUCACCGUGUUAGCCAGGAAGGUCUCAAUCUCCUGACCUCGUGAAUCGCCCGCCUCGGUCUCCCAAAGUGCUGGGAUUACAGGCGUGAGCCACCAUGCCCGGCCCAAAUAUUUUUUAUUCAGGAUGGUAUAACCUAACUGAUAAUAUGUAAUAAGGUUAAAUUUUUUUAUGACGUAUUUUAUUUACAAAUAUCAUACACUGCUGGUGUUACCAUGUGAAAGGAAAUAAAGUCAAUUGAUAAUUGCCUCA